CUUCACCCGGCUGCCGCGCACCUGCUCGACGGCGCCGCCGUGUUCGCCUCUUUCGAGGCCGCCCGCGCCAUCCUCACGGAGUGCCUUUCCAUCAUUCCUGAAGCCAAAGCUGUUCUUGAUCUUGUGGAUGGGUGCCCUGUGCGUGCAAAGAAGGGAGAUUUUCCUGUGAUCGUUAUUGAAGGACUGGAUGCAACAGGCAAAACCACCGUAACCCAUGCUCUGAAGGAUUCGCUAAAUGCUGUUCUGCUGAGAUCUCCUCCACCUUGCGUCAGUCAGUGGAGGAAGGUGUUCGAUGAUGAACCGACACUCAUACGGAGAGCUUUCUAUGCUCUGACCAACUACAUUGUUGCUUCUGAAAUAGCAGAACAAUCCACAAAAUCCCCAGUGAUUGUAGACAGGUUUUGGCACAGCACUGCCGCUUAUGCCAUCGCUACUGAAAUCAGUGGGAAAAUACAACAUCUCCCUCCAGUUCAUCAUCCGGUCUACCGCUGGCCUGGAGACCUUCUAAAGCCUGAUCUUGUCUUGCUGUUGACGGUUAGUCCUGAGGAAAGAAUCCGAAGGCUGCAGGGCCGUGGGAUUGAGAAGACAAGAGAGGAGGCUGAGCUGGAGGCAAAUAACAUCUUCCGUCAAAAAGUUGAAGAGUCUUACCUAAGGAUGGAGAAUCCUGCAUGUCAACCAGUUGACGCCAGUCCUUCUAGAGAAGAGGUUCUUAAAACUGUUCAUCAUCUGAUUAAAAAGCAGUGUCAUUUUCCGUAGCUAAUUGUGAAUGCACCAGUGUGGGUACUCUUCAGCACAAAAGGAGUCACUUCAGAAUUCCAUAGGAGAUGACAUAGGUAUAAGAAUGUAAGAUAUCUGCAUUUUCUCUAAGGGUUGGAAACAGAAGUAAGAGGCCACUAGCUUUUAUUGGAUCUAUUGCUUUGGGAAAGAUGAAAGCAAGGUUAAUUGUGCUUCUGUUAAGCUCAGACAUAGAGAAGUAAUGUAUAAAAGAAAAGGAAGAUAAGGCUGCAUGCUCCCUGUGUUGGAUGGAGUUUGAUAUCCUUUAUGAGUUGGGGUGGGGGAAAGUACAAUACUGUAUACAUAUGUACACAUAUAUUUAAAUUGAAUUGGUAUCACUUUAUCAUGCACUUGGCCCCUCUCCCCAUUGUAAAUUAACACGCAGAGAAAAGCUCUAACAUGACAGUUUGGUGGGGAAUACUGAAGAUUUGUGACAAAGAAAUUCUAGUGGGAUGUGGACAAAUUGCGGGAAUUGAUUUUUCAGACAGGAUUCAUUCCCCUCCUUCCUUCAUUUUGCUGUGUUACAGGAGUCUAUAAGAGCCCAUUGAAAUCUGUACUCAUUCAGAGUGAGGGCACCGCUUCUUGUCCUCACUACCCUUAUGUUUGGGACUUGGCCAAGUUAGAAUCAACUACUUAAGGAUGUGAACUCACAAAAAAUGUGAAAAAAUUAGCAGCCUGCAUGCCAUUUCUUUCUCAAUUAGACCUGGGCUAUUCAUAUUCAGGAUGGAACAGAAUGGUGCCCAUGUGAAUCUUCCUAUGCCACACCACUUUUCUGUGGUUCAUUGACGUAACCCCUCCUCCUCCAUUUCCUUGUUUGUCUUGCUGAAAUGGAUUCAGAUGGGGGAACAGGUUACAGCUUGAAAAAGGAAGGUUAACAGGAGUCCUGUGUAGCCUUAUCAAGUGGAAUCCAGCAAUGGAUCUAGAUUACUGUGUUUAGAUUGAAAGAGUUUAAUGUUGGCCCACGACUGGCUAUCGUUUUAGGUUGUUGAGAUCUAAACCAUUCAAGAUGACCAAAGUCUGAGAUUCUUCAAGUAAAAUUGUGCACUGGCAGGAAAUCUGCAUUUUUUUUUUGUCUUUGUGCUACGCUUGUCAAGUUUUCUUGAAAGAUUUCACAUAAGCUUAGUGGGCAAAACAGGUCUUUAGAUUUCACUGAAUGGAACCAGAUGCAUUAAAACUUCAUUUUCCUCUCUU